AUGACGAGGCCACAAAUGAUCAGGGCCGAUACAAUCGACCUACAGGAUCAAAACUACCCCUCAGCGAAGGACCACAGCUCGCACGGUGCACGUACAAACGGUCAUUCUGCCUCGCAUCACAAUCAGUCGUUACGACACGCAGAGCAGGAGGCUAAGGACGAAUUGUCUACUGGUCCUCGAGUUUCUUUGGAUCGUUUCGAUGGCGAUGAUGACCGUACCCAAAUUGAUAUAGGUUACGAUGAGGCUGAAGACAUGGUUACAGAGUUGGCAGGGUCUCGUAACGGGGAGAAUGGGCAUUACGAGUCUGGAGGCGAUGGAGAAAUAGCGGACGUUGAAGGGGACGACGAUCUGUUGGACGACGAUAUGAUGGAUAAGAUCUCUUCCUCGCCUUCCAUCGAUGAUGAGGAUAUUGAUUUCGAGUUCGUUUACGCACUGCAUACGUUUAUCGCAACGGUUGAAGGGCAAGCAAACGCCGCGAAAGGGGACACAAUGGUUCUUCUUGACGAUAGCAAUAGUUAUUGGUGGCUUGUCCGGGUCGUCAAAGAUGGCAGCAUCGGGUACUUGCCUGCAGAGCAUAUUGAGACGCCCACAGAGAGAUUGGCUAGAUUGAACAAGCAUCGAAAUGUCGACCUUUCUUCAAUGAUGCUUGGAGACAAUCCAGAAAAAUCCAAGAAUCCACUCAAAAAGGCCAUGCGGCGACGCAAUGCGAAAACUGUAACUUUCGCCUCACCGACAUUCUUUGAAGCCUCUGAUAUCGACUAUUCGACUGAAGAAGAAGAUGGCGAAGGCGAGGAGAUGGCCGAGGAAGAAGAACCGGCCCAUGAACCUGAGGGCAACCCGGACGAUAUUCGAGAUGAGGAUAUUGUUGUGGAACCUCUGAAGCCCCAUAAGGAAAAGAUCUCUCGAGAACCAACUACUGAAAUUGAAGACACCCAAAUCGACCGGUCGAGCCCGGAGAAACCCCGCCCUAGUGACGACUCCCUGGAUCGCCCAGGUGAGAAUGUCAGCCGGUCAAGAAACGGAACACUGCGAAAUACAGACUCCUUCUUUAAAGAUGACACUGCCGAGACCAAGAAAAUCUCGCUUACUCCAAACCUUCUGCGUGACGAUUCUGCCUCUGGCAUUUCCAAAUCCGAACUACAAGAGGGACGUGCAAGUCUGGAAUCUCUCGAGAAAAACCUAUCUUCCACAGAGAAGAGCAAACGUAAAGAAAAGAAACCCGGCAUGCUCAGCGGGCUGUUCAAGCGAAAAGAUAAAAAGGGCAGAAACUCAGAAGACGAUGCUGAAGAGAUGGAAAAGACUUCUGACGAACUGUCGCCUCAGUUCAAAGUGUCGUCGGAAUCUUUGCGUGAAGCCAACAACAACAAACCCCAAGGGAUUCAGAGACAGACAAGUCGACUGCAAAAGCAGCCACCGGCAGAACUUGUCGCGGCCAACCAACAACGUGCUACUCAGGAAGCUGCUACUUCUGCUAGUAAUGCGUCCUCACCUGUCAAAGAGGGUUUCGGUCCAUCUAUUCGAAGAGUCGUUUCACCAUCAGGCGCGAAUGUCGUGGCACCACUUCAAUUACGGCCUUCUCACGAAUCACCCUCGUCAUCUUUUGAACAGCGAAGGCCUAAAGUCGAUGUAUCAUCUCCUGUGAAAUCAUCGAGUCCGGCUUCGCCUAAGCAAUGGCAGCCUACGACGUAUUACGAUCCGGAAGACGAGGCUGACGAGGUUGACGAGGUUGACGAAAUUGCACCUACAAACAAAACGAUACCAGCAACUCAGCCGCUGUCAGUGGCAUCUUCCCAGCAGCAACCACAACAACAGCCAUCUCCGCUGCUUGCUAACAAACAGAGCAGUCGAAGUGUGUCAGAGUCUCCAGUGGAUGUUUCGCCAACCCGCAUUCAACCUCCGGGAUUAACAGUGGAUACCUCUUCCCGUGAUGAACGAUCCGUUUCUCCUGUAUCGUCUGAGUCAUCAUCUCCCGAAUUAAUUGAAGGGCCUGACAGAAAAAUGGACGAGACUACUCCAGUGUCGACUAUUUCGUCAAAUGCUACGGCGACCUGGAGCGACGCGAGCUUGCGUUCAUAUCUAGACGAUGGGAAUGACAUCAAGGAUUUGCUCAUCAUUGUACAUGACAACUCCAAUGUGCAACCUGCUGGACCCGAUCAUCCAAUCACUGGCAGCUUGUUCAAAGAUGAAAGCAAACGCUUGAAGGAAAUGUCUGGGCGGCUAGAUGAUAUGCUGUCCGGCUGGAUUACGCGAAAAGCAGAACGUCGUCCUGUCAAAGCUUUUUAG